AUCUGAUUUGAUUAGACCUUUUUUUGUAUAAACACAUGAAAAUAUAUUGUUAUACUCAUACUGACACCGAAAUAUUGUACUUCAUAUAAUUAGCUAUUUGAGUCCUACGUUCACAUUGACAUUGUCCUGAGUGCCUAUACCUGUAUACAGCUAACUAUUCUUUAAUUGUUAUAUGAUAUGACAGUCAUAAUGACUCAAAUAAGUUCAUAUUCACUAAUUUUUUUUAUUGUUUCAAUAGGCAUUAAAGCUAAUUGUCUAUACCAAUUAAUGAAUACUAAUUAAAUGUGCAUUAGGCACCGUCACUGUAUAUUGAUGUACAUUGUAGGCCUACAGUAAACAGUUUGGCCACCGCGGAAUAGAGAUCAAAGUUUAAGCAAACUGAUAGCAUAAUGCUUUAUAAUGUGUGACACCUCACAUUAGGAGACAAGAGCCAUGUUGCUGAAGUUGCUUUUGAUCCUGUGCCUGGCUGACUAUGGAGAAACAACGUGUCCCGAAAGUAACGAGACAGGACCUUUGAGGUACACUGAUGGAAUGAAUAGUGCUGACUUUAUGAUCGCUGGUCAUCAAAAGUCCCUACGUUGUUGUAUUACCGGCUUUACUAGACUGAUCUGGUCCUUUCGUGCCACGGAAAAUGAUACAUGGCAACACAUUAACGGAACAGAUUACCAACUUGACGAGAAUAAUAGGAACCAGACUUUAAUGAUUCUCCCAAAACAGGAUAGCGACCCUCGACCAGGAAGUUACCGCUGUACCGCCACAAAUGCCGAAAACCAUACUCUCAUACACAGAAUAGAAUUAUAUCUGGGAGGCCCCACAGGUCGAGAACAUCCCCAGGCAUUUGGCCCCUCAUCAACCCCUUGUGCUAAGCUGGGCGGGACCAUCUCUUUAAAUUGUUCAGGGGACUUCGGACAACUAGAUUCUAUGCUGAGGAAUGUUGAGUGGUACUACGAUGAUGGCGGGAACCUCACACUGUUGUCUGAUCUGAAUGACAGCCGUAUAACUAGCAGUAUCAAUAAUCAAAUGGCAGAACCUUCAAGUAGCCAGCUUGUAAUAAGAAACGUGACUGAGGCAGACAUAGAUAAAACAUUCAGAUGUUACGUCAGCAGCGUCAAGACUGAGUACAACAAGCACUUCAAAUUUGUAGUUGAACUUUGUCCCACGUUCGUUCAAAUGACCCCAGUUGACAAGAUCAAGGUCGGAGGGAUUACAGCAGGUGCAUCCGUGGUGUUCCUGCUUCUAAUCUUACUAGCUACUUUUAUGGUGUAUUUGCACAAGCCACAGAUAGAGUAUAAACUACGGGGUAAACUACAGGGUUUGUGUGAACGGAAGGGAAACUGGAUACCACUCCCCAACGAUGAGCCUCACCUGUACGAUGCAAUGCUAUUCCACUGCGAUGUUAGUCGGGACUGUGACAUAGGUACAAGCUUGAAGUCGGACUUAAAAGAUGCAGAUUUCAAUGUAGUAACACAGGAAGCAGAUGACGCCGAUGCAGAUAAUCUCACAAUUAACAGUAUCAUUGAGGACCUUGUCAGGAAGUCUGCAGCACUAGUUGUCGUUUACCCGUCGGAUGGUUCCGAUGAAGGUUCCAUGGCAAGGCUUGAAUUCAUCCUUACACUCAUCGACUCCAUCCAUAUAUAUAAUGUCACUGUGAUUCGUCAUACAAAUGAAAAGAACGAAGUUAAUCCUCGACUCAAGGGUUACAAGCAUUUGACCUACGAACCAGAAGAUGACAAUAGAACGCCGCAUAGGAAGUUCCUUUGUGCGCUUUGUAAUAAUAGAAGAAGGCUGCGUAAAAACUUCCUAUGUGCACUCAAGCUUCGUAUUCUAGCUGCAAAAAAUCGAAGGAAAAAGAGAAUGCAACAGGAAGAUUUGCAUGGCCGCCAGGAAGGACUAGUUUAAGCUACCUUAAGGUUGAAUAAAUUGAAAAGUAGAUGUCAGAGGUCACAUAACUAUCAAACAUUGAUUAUCUGUCUGAGACUCUGGGACGUAUAUUCCUAUACCAUAUAGCAGUUUUUCCAGGGUUAGGGUUUGUACAGGGUUGGAAUAAUUUGUAACAUCUGUAUAAAGUAACCAAUCAUAAUGCCUCCGAGAACCAAAAAUGUAACCUGCAUAGUGUAUGGCUGGGGUUUGAGAGAAAAAAACAGCUGGGCACACACAUGUUGUACGUCGACAAGAAUUUCUACAACUCAAACAAUUUUUACUGGAAUCCUACAUUUUUUUCAAUAAUAUGUGUAACACCCUGACAAAACUUUUGAAGCCGCGUAUGGCUUUCUUCUGUACAUCGGCCAGUCUGAAAAAAACAUUUUCACCGUAACAGUUUAUCCGAAGAUAUGUUUGAUAUCAAGACAGAUAAACGUAACUUAAUAAUAAUUAAAAAAAAAAAGUUUUUCUGCAGAACAGGAAGUUACCUAAAUUCUAAAACAUCAAAUCAAAUCUGAGGCAUUUUGAAUAAUUAUUUGAAUAAUAAAUUGGUUUAAUUUGCUACUAUGAAAAUUGGGACUUUCAAAAGAUAGGAUCCUGUUCAUGUGAUUUCCUCAGCUUUGCUUUAAAAACCAUCAGGUCACCUUACAUAACGUUCAAGAUUUUUUUGCAAUAUAUGGUAUAUUUACAUUCAAACAAUUCAUAUUAUAUAUUCAGACCUCACACGACUCAUAUUCACUCUUACUUACAUCAGUUGAUAUAUUUAGACACAAGUACAUGUAAUGGUACCCAUGUACACAUACAUUGCCUUUAUGAGAACAGAGAGAG